AUGAAGGCCUCAAUCAUCGCAUUCACCCUGAGCGUUCUCGCUCCCCUUGUCUCUUCGGUUGCGCUGCCUGAGUCGGAGUACCCGGCUGGAAUUACUGCCACCAAGGUUACUAAGUUCGAUUAUCCUCGCACCGUCGAGAAAAGAGAUGGUCUCGAAAAGCGAGCUAACCACGGCGUCUAUCUCUGCGUGAAUGCAAACUUCCCCCAGGACGGCAGCCUUUGUGUGCAUAUUGUGGCACCAGCGGGAGUCUGCGUUCCACUCGGCCUCGACUUGGAGGAUAAAGUCUCUUCCGUGGGUCCAGAUCAGGGAGCAUACUGCCGCUUCUUCUUUGAUCGCGGUUGUGUGGACAAUAGUGGAUCGCGCCACUUCGAUACCGUCUUUCCGGGGGUUCCGGAUCUCUCCAGGCUUGGAAAUGGAGCAUCUAAUGAUCAAAUUAGUAGCUAUCAGUGUUGGGAUAUGUAG